CUUUCAAGCCUGUAUCAGUCUAACUACGUCAGUGAAACAGUGAACGUGAAUUUGUGAACGACCAUGGCUGACUAUUGGAAAUCUCAAGCACGCAAACAUUGCGACUUUUGUAAAUGUUGGAUUGCCGACAAUAAACCUAGCAUCGAGUUUCAUGAAAAUGGCAAACGCCACAAAGAAAAUGUCGCUAAACGUAUUAAAGAGAGUCACAAAAUAGGUAUGAAACAAAUUAAACAACAAAAAAAGUUUGAAGAUAACCUACAAUCGAUGGAAAAAGCAGCUAUGGCUGCUUACAUGAAGGAUUUAGCUGCAAAUCAUACUGAUAUGUCUGCUCAAGCUAUCAUGCAACAAAAAAGUGAAAGUAGAUUAUCUGAAAAAUCGUUUGCUUCAACUAAUCCAAAUCAAGUACCGGAUGCUUCACCAGAAGCCCAUCCAAGGAAUGUUAAUAUACCUAAAGUAACUCGCCCUAAGUAUACUGCUGCUGAUGUAGAUCCUUGUGAUCCAUUUGCUGCUCAAAAAUUAGCAAAAAUAGCUGCUCGUGAUGCAAAAGCAGCAAAAAAAGAAGCGGCCAAAGCUAAGAGUGAUGCUGAAGGUAACAAGAAGAAUAGUAAAGGCAAAAAAGAUUCAAAACUAGGUACAGGUAUAGCAGUCAGAAAAGUUUGGUAUGAAGUCAAGUCUCAAGGAUAUUCUUAUUAUUGGAAUACUGAAACUAAUGAAACUAUGUGGGAACCUCCAUUGGAAGGUUAUAUGUCAUUAGAAGAACAAGCCGAAGAAGCCAAAGAGCAAGAAUUGCAAGCAGAGUUGCUGAAAGAAAUAGAUGAACAAGAAAAAAUAGAAAAAAAAGACUUGUUUGAAGAGCAAAGAGCAAAUGCACUUCGAGAAAAAAUGAAGCUCAUUCGCAAACAAAAUGAACAAAAACAAAGUGAUGCAGAUGUCAAAGAAGAGAUACCUUAUAGGCGAGAUUACAGUGUACCAGAAAAACCUCAACCUUAUGGUUCAUGGACAGUUAUAAAAACUGUUGAACAGCCAACGAUAAAUUGGCAAUUACCAAAAGUAGAAGAACCAGAAGCACCAGUAAUAAGUUGUAAAGACCCUCCUGUUGUUAAAAGGGAAUUCAAAGAAAAAACUGUUACGCAUUUAUCUCUUGAUGAUAGCGAUGACGAAAAGCCAGUAGUUUCUUUUAAGAAAAGAAAAAUAAGUCAAAAAAAUGUACGCAAAACAACAUCAAUUGACUAGUCGACAUUUUUUGUAAUUUAAGAAAUGUACAUUUCAUUGUAUAUAAAUUUCAUUAUAUUUACUUUAAACGUUUAAAGUAUCAGUCAUGUGUACAUCAUAUGUAUUAUAUGUAUAAAAAGUUAAAGAAUCUAAGAUUGUAAAUAUAUUAUUUAAUAAUGUAAAUUUAAGGAUCCAAUUAAAUUGAAUUUUUUUUUAAAUUAAAUAAAAAAAUUGAUAAUAUCUUUAU